AAUGUCCCAGACCGGUGAAAUAUGAGGCCUUUAACACUGUACUGUGGCAGUAUGUGUUAGCCAUGCUAUCUCACGUCUGUUGGUUCUGACGCUGAAACAGAAUUGAAAAUCAGGCUUUCUUCACAGGCUCAGCGCUGCUACGAGUCUAAAUGACUUUGUUCAACCUUUACGUAAUGUCUGCUAACACUCCUGUAAUGUAUGUAGACGCUUCUCCUACAAGCAUGGAAUCCUCCAUUUCUGUGACUGUGGGCCGGGAGCGUGAGCUGGUUGAGUAUUAACUCUGCUCAGCCGAUGCGUAGCGACAGCAUGACUACGGCAUCUGGUCACAUGGCGAGGGUCUGGGACUCAAUCCCACGAUGCCGCUCUCUCACACCGGAUCGUAAAUCAGGACGGCUGUGACUUUGGCCGGGAAAGAGUCCAGCUGCAUUAAUUAUUUGCAAAAAAGUCACUUACCACUAAAUAGUUAACGAUAGUGUGUUGCACAUGGAUUAUUUUUAGACACAAGUCUUGUGCUUCUUACAUGCUUCAUUAUCAAAGCAAAGCAUUCUGGGAUGGGAGUGGAGUGUGGGAAAUGUACAUACCUGCACACACACACAUACACACACACACACACACACACUCACACAAACACACACACAGACACACACACGCGCCAGGACAAAAAUGCCCACGCUCACCAGUGUUACAGAGUAAUUAAAUAAAUCGGUAGUUCAGCUGCUCUGAUGCACCACCUAUUACUGUAUAAAGAAAAUAUUUACAGUAGUGCAAUGCAGCAGUUUGUCACUAUAUAUAUAUAUACAUACAGUAUAUAUAUUAGCCACCAGCCAGUCCCAAGCCUGGAUAAAGGAGGAGGGUUAGACUUCAGGUUAGCACCCUGUUCCUAUAAAAAAAACUCAUUGCUACGAAAACAGACCAAAGCGCUCCAAGAGCAAAGCAGCCGGGACAACAGUCGACUCCUACUGGAGUUUCCAUGAAGGAUGCCAGUGAAAGCCAAACGGAAGCUGACACCCCGAGGACUCGAGUCCUGUUUGCCAAGAUGGUAACUUGAAUAGGUUACUGGAAUGUAAGAACUUUAUUCCAGUCUUCCAAGCUGCAGCAAGUUAUCAAAGAGAUGGAGGCCUACAACAUCAACAUCCUAGGCCUCAGUGAAGCUCGCUGGACCGGUUCCGGCAAACUGUCUUCAGGGAACAAGACUGCCUUGUUCUCUGGUCGCCAAGACGACAUACAUCGUGAGGGUGUUGCCCUCAUCCUGGAUCGCCAGGCAUGUGGGGCUCUAGAAAAGUAGAUGCCAAUCAACGAGCAUCUUCUGACGGCCAGGUUUGUCACCUCACAUGCCAAGGUAACCAUUGUCCAGUGCUACGCUCCACGUGAUGACCAUGAAGACACAGAGAAGGAUCUCGUCUACCAACAAUUGCAAGACCUACUGGAUAAAGUGCCACGUCAUGACAUUCUAUUGGUCAUGGGAGACCUCAACGCACAGGUUGGUGAAGAUCGAUCUGGGUUUGAAGAGGUUCUGGGCCCACAUGGUUAUGGCAAGCGUACAGACAACAGUGAUCGGCUGGUGCAGUUCUAUACCAUGAACAACAUGGAGGUCGGUUCGACACUAUUCAAACACAAAGACAUCCACAAGAUAAUGUGGAUAUCCAAUGACCACAAAACCCAGACGCAGAUUGACCACAUUGCUAUUGGCCCAAGAUGGAGAACACCCUGCUUGCAAGACGUCCGUGUCUACCACGGAGCUGACAUCUGCAGUGACCAUCACCUGGCCAUAGCAAAGUUCAAAGUCAAGCUAAGGUGGAAAAAGAAGAAAGACUCCAAGCCCCAGUGGUUUGACACAAGCAAGCUAAAUGAUGCAGUAACUGGCGCCCAGUUCCAGCUGUUCCUGAGCAACAGAUUCUCAGCCCUGGCUGACCCGGUGCCGGGAUCGUUGGAUAGGUGGGACCAGCUAAAAGAUGCCAUGUCAGCUGCCGGGGAGGAGAUCCUUGGCCACAAGAAGUCUCUCAAUGAGACCUGGAUCAGUGACAGUACCUGGGAGCUGAUAGCAGAGAGGAAAGCACUACACCAGAGAAGGUUUAGUCCAUCUGAUGGCGAGGAUGCCUACCAGGAAUACAUCAAGAAGGAUAAGGCAGUAAAAAGCAGUGCACAGAGGGACAAGCAAGAGUGGCUGGACAGACAAGCUGAGGAAGCCCAAGAAGCAGCUAGCUGCAAUGAUAUGCGCAUGGUCUACCAGAUCGCCAAGCAUAUCUGUGGCGCUGUGAAAACAGAGUCAGGAUCAGUUGAGGUGAGGACAAGUUGGCAGGUACUUCCCAUUGAUACAUCUGACUUCUCGGAGGACGAAAUUCGCAAGGCCAUAUCCAGCCUCAAGAACAACAAGUCUCCAGGGAACGACGGCAUAACAGUCGAGAUGCUGAAAGCUGGUGGGGAGAGUGUGAUCACCUGGAUGUGCAGUCUGUGCAACCAGGUGUGGAACUCAGGCGUCGCACCAGAGGAUUGGUAGAAUGGUGAGGUGGUGUGCACACCGAAAAAAGGCAAUCUGGCGGAGUGUGAUUGCUGGAGGGGGGUCACUCAAUCCCUGGAAAAGUCUACUGCAGGGUCAUCCUCAAUAGGAUUCGUGACACUGUAGACUGCGUGAAGAACAGGUAGGCUUCCGGCCAAAACGCUUUUGCACGGAACAAAUCUUUGUGAAUUGUGGAGAAUUCCAGCUACCUCUUGCAGUCAGCUUCAUCGACUUCUCCAAAGCGUUCGACAGCGUGCACAGGCCAUCAACAGGCCAUCACUCUGGAAGAUUCUGCUUGCCUACAGCAUUCCAUCAAAAGUCAUAGGGGCCAUUUAGCAGAUCUACAACAACUCCAAAUGCAGAGUGAGGACUGAAGAUGGAUACAGUGAAUGGUUUGAGGUGGUGACUGAUGUAAGGCAAGGAUGUCUCCUGUCCCCAAUACUGUUUGCGAUCGCCAUUGAUUGGGUGAUGAGGAAUGCAACAAAUGGUAAGGGGAUAGAAUAGCUGCACUAGCAAACAACACUCAGGACCUGCAGCUAUGUGUGGACAGUAUCAGCAUUUAUGCUAAUAACAUCGGCCUGACCAUCAGUGGAAAGAAGACCAAGAACAUGCUGGAAGGCAACCACCCAAUCCCAAGAGAGAUCUUCAUAGAAAACAACAGGGUGGAAGAGGUCGAGAAUUUUACUUAUCUUGGCAGCUCCAUCAGUAGAAGCGGGGACAUCGAUCAGGAACUUAAUUGCCGCUUAGUAAAAGCUGCAGCAGCCUUUACUCAGCUGAAGAAAAUAUGGAAAAGCAGAAAACUUACUCUCAAAACCAAGUUAUGCUUUUAUAAGUCCAAUGUUCUGUCCACAGUCCUUUACAGCAGCGAAACUUGGCAGUUAAAGACUUCCCAAGAGAAGAAAUUGGAUGCUUUUGACACCAAAUGUUUACAGAGAAUUCUUGGAAUCAAAUGGAAUCACUUCAUGAAAAAUCAAGAAGUCAGGGAGAAGUCAGGAUUUCCACCGGUGUCAGAUACCAUCUGCAAACGGCGCCUCCAGUGGCUAGGUCAUGCACUGCGACUUCCUUCCCACAGACUGGCUCGGCAAGUAUUAGACUGGAUGCCAGCAGGCCGGAGGAAAAAAAGACGGCCCAAGUGUGUAUGUGUGUGUGUGUGUGUGUGUGUGUAUGUGUGUGUGUGUGUGUGUGUGUGUGUGUGUGUGUGUGUGUGUGUGUGUGUGUGUGUGUGUGUGUGUGUGUGUGAGUGUGUGUGAGUGUGUGUGUGUGUGUGUGUGUGUGUGUGUGUGUGUAUGUGUGCGUAUGUGUAUGAGAUGUGAAGUGAAUAAAUGUAGCAUGUGUGAGUAUGAGCAUUUAUCCUCCAGUACUAGCGAGUAUCAGCGCUGCAGCAUGAUCAGCUUCAGGCUGAUUCUCUGUGAGCUGUGUGUGAUUCAUGUAUUUGUUCUGU